AGACAUACCAUCUCUCUCUCUCCUUCCUCUCCGUCUUCACCAGUCCUCAGCAUUUCUUCAGAAGCCGUGUCUGCUAGAAAAUCAUAGCCAGCUUCUAGAAACCUCCUUUCUCUUCUCUUGGAUUCUUUUUUCUCUAAGAUUCAUCUCUCGACCGGACGGCUUUCGUUUCACCCGAGCUUGGAUAAUUUUGGAAUUCUGUAAGCUAUGGAUUACUCUCAGUUGCAGCAACAAAAGAAGGGAAUGGUCUCUCUUUCGCCUUCUCAGACUCCACGAUCGAGUGACAAAUCCAUAAGAGAGAUGCGAUCAGGUGAUGGAAAUUCAAAUAAUGGUAGGCAUGAUAAAGACAAAGGAGUGAAUGUUCAGGUCCUUCUCCGAUGCAGGCCAUUAAGCGAGGAUGAGUUGAGGGUGAACACGCCUGUUGUCAUUUCUUGCAAUGAGCAUAGGCGGGAAGUUUCUGCAAUUCAAAGCAUAGCUAACAAGCAGAUUGAUAGAACCUUUGCCUUCGACAGGGUCUUUGGGCCAACAUCCCAACAGAAGGAUUUGUAUGAUCUAGCAGUCUCUCCAAUUGUAAAUGAAGUUCUCGAGGGCUAUAACUGCACCAUUUUCGCAUAUGGCCAAACAGGCACUGGGAAAACUUACACGAUGGAAGGAGGGGGGAAGAAAACAAAGAAUGGGGAAUUUCCGAGUGAUGCAGGUGUUAUUCCGAGAGCCGUUCGACAAAUUUUUGAUAUACUUGAAGCACAGGAUGCUGAGUACAGCAUGAAAGUUACAUUUCUGGAGCUAUACAAUGAAGAGAUAACAGAUCUUUUGGCACUGGAGGAAUGUUCGAGAUUCGUAGAUGACAAGUCAAAGAAACCCAUAGCCCUUAUGGAAGAUGGGAAAGGUGGUGUUUUUGUGAGAGGCCUGGAAGAGGAGAUAGUUACAACGGCUAAUGAAAUUUAUAAGAUCUUGGAUAAAGGUUCUUCCAAACGGCGUACUGCAGAAACCCUUCUUAACAAGCAAAGUAGCCGCUCUCAUUCUAUAUUUUCUAUCACUAUUCACAUUAAGGAGUGUACACCAGAGGGUGAAGAGCUUAUCAAAUGCGGAAAACUUAACCUUGUCGACCUUGCUGGUUCUGAGAACAUUUCACGUUCGGGUGCUAGAGAGGGUAGAGCAAGGGAAGCAGGAGAGAUCAAUAAAAGCUUGCUUACACUUGGUCGUGUCAUUAAUGCACUUGUUGAGCAUUCUGGUCAUAUUCCAUACAGGGAUAGCAAAUUGACGAGGUUACUGAGGGAUUCCCUGGGAGGAAAAACAAAGACAUGCAUAAUUGCAACCAUAUCACCUUCCAUACACUGCUUGGAAGAGACACUCAGCACUCUAGAUUAUGCACACCGUGCAAAAAAUAUCAAGAAUAAGCCAGAGGUUAAUCAGAAGAUGAUGAAAUCAGCAUUGAUCAAGGAUCUUUAUUCUGAAAUUGAUCGUCUUAAACAAGAGGUUUAUGCUGCAAGAGAGAAGAACGGCAUCUAUAUUCCACGAGAUCGUUACCUGCAUGAAGAAGCUGAGAAGAAGGCCAUGGUGGAAAAAAUUGAGCGCAUAGAACUUGACUCAGAAUCCAAGGACAAGCAACUCAUUGGGCUUCAAGAACUUUAUGAUUCCCAGCAGCAGUUGACUGCAGAUUUAAGUGACAAACUCGAAAAGACUCAGAGAAAACUCGAGGACACUGAACAUGCAUUAUGUGACCUUGAAGAAAGAUAUAGACAAGCAAACUCCACUAUUAAAGAAAAGGAAUACCUGAUUGCUAAUCUCCUUAGAUCAGAGAAAGCACUCAUUGAGCGUGCAUUUGAGCUUCGUUCAGAGCUAGAGAAUGCAGCAUCAGAUGUAUCCGGCUUGUUUGCUAAAAUUGAGCGUAAAGACAAAAUAGAAGAUGGAAACAAGACUCUUGUCCAUAAAUUCCAGUCUCAAUUAACUCAGCAGCUUGAGCUCUUGCAUAAGACCGUUGCUGCUUCCGUAAUGCAACAGGAGCAACAACUGAAAGGAAUGGAGGAAGAUAUGCAUUCCUUUGUCUCUACAAAGGCUGAGGCUACUGAAGAACUUAGAGAAAGGGUAGGAAAGUUGAAAACCAUGUAUGGCUCUGGGAUCAGAGCAUUGGAUGAUUUGGCUGGAGAACUUGAUGGGAAUUCUAGGUUGACUUUUGAAAAUCUUAAUUCAGAAGUAUCAAUGCACUCAUUGGCUCUUGAGGAUCUUUUCAAAAGAAUUGCUUUGGAAGCCGAUGUGAUAUUGAAUGAACUUCAAAGUAGCCUGUCUAAUCAACAAGAGAAACUGGCUUCGUAUGCAAAGCAGCAGCGGGAGGGACACUAUAGAGCCGUGGAGACAACUCGAUCUAUUUCAAAAAUUACUGUGAACUUCUUCAAGACUCUGGACUUGCAUGCAUCCAAAUUGAGCCAUAUUGUUGAAGAGACACAAACUCUCCAUGACCAGAAAUUGUGUGAGCUUGAAAAGAAGUUUGAGGAGUGUUCUGCUAAUGAAGAAAGGCAACUGUUGCAAAAAGUGGCUGAGAUGCUUGCAAGUUCAAGUGCUAGGAAGAAAAAACUGGUUCAAACUGCAGUCGACAGCCUCCGGGAGACUGCUGCCAGUAAAACUAAUGAGCUGCAGCAAGAAGUGUCUACAGUGCAAGAUUUCACCUUUUCUGUUAAAGAUCAAUGGACAGCCUACGUGGAGAAAACUGAGAGCCACUAUCUUGAGGAUACCUCUGCAGUGGAGAGUGGAAAGCUUAGCUUGGAACAAGGUCUUCAACAUUGUAUGACAAAGGCGAAAGUGAGUGCACAACAAUGGCAAAAUGCGCAAGAAUCUCUCCUCAGUCUUGAAGAGAGGAAUGUUGCAUCUGUCAAUUCCGUUGUCAGGGGUGGAAUGGAAGCCAAUCAGGUGCUCCGUGCAAGGCUGUCUUCUGCUGCUUCUACUGCUCUUGAAGAUGUUGAUGUUGCAAAUAGGAGUCUCCUUUCCGCUAUUGACUAUUCCUUGAAGCUUGAUCAUGAUGCAUGCGGAAACAUGGACUCGAUGAUCGUUCCUUGUUGUGGUGAGCUGAGGGACUUGAGGAGCGGUCACUAUCACAAGAUUGUGGAGAUUACAGAAAAUGCUGGGAAAUCUCUAGAACAAGAAUACAUGGUGGAUGAACCGUCUUGUUCAACACCGAGGAGAAGGCAAUUCAAUUUGCCAAGCAUGGCAUCCAUUGAAGAACUGCGGACUCCAUCCUUUGAAGAGCUGUUAAAGUCAUUCUGGGAAGCAAGGUCUGGAAAGCAGCUUGCAAAUGGAGACAUGAAACAUUUACUUGGGGUGGUGUAUGAGGCUCAAGCUCAGUCGUUAAGAGACCCAAGAGUUCCUCUUACCACUAUCAACUAAAUGGCGUCCGGAUGUAGCAAUGCCUUUGGUUAUAAAAACAUAUGUACAGAAUUAAUAGCAUCAGUUACAUAGAUAUAUUAUGAAUGUUGUUAUUCAUUCAUUAUCAAUUUGUUUCGAGAUGAAAGCAGGCCGCUGAUUUUGAGGGCCGUAACUGUUUGCUUGGUUGAGGAACGAGUGCAGAAGAUAUAUUGUGUGAUAUUAAAGUGCAAUGAGGAAAAAAGUUCUAAAAUUUCAUUGU